CCUGCCUCUCCCUGUGCCCACCUACCCCAUCAGGGACCAAACGUUAGAGAUUUUCUUGGAUGUACAGCUGCAAUCAGGUCAUCAUCUUAGUGAUCAACAACAUUAUUCUGCCCUCACCCAACCCCAUUCCCACCCCCAUCAGCUGACUCAGCAGAGCCAGGCACCAGGAGAGGGCCGCUAACUCGGGGCAGCCAAAUGAGGAAAAUGCGUCUGCUUCUGGAUGGAACGUGCUGGAAGUUGGACAGGUUCACCCCUUAUUUACCACGCUUACAAAUCAGUUGGAGAAAUCCCAGAUUUGUGGCAAGACAGAGGGUUUGUAAACCAGGAAGAGAAGCGAGGGCUGCCAAGCACGGACCGGCUUCCAGGGGAUCAGCAGAGCUGCAGCUCCACGGACGAGAUGAGGUCAGUCGCUCCUUUCUCCAGGGUAAUAAGUGACAGAGACAGAGGCGUGUGGGCCAAUGGAGAUUAAGAUUAGAGGGAAUGUCCUUAAUAAAUCCGCCAAUGGGAAGCGGUUUUGCUUCUUCUGUCUCUUAGGGCACUAGACCAACCACUCACUGGGAAAACAAGUUUUGGUGCCAGAGCCUUCGGUGGGUUCCAAGGCUGCCUUUUCAGAGACAGGCCCAUGGGUACAGUACGGAUUGCAACUGUGGGAGCUGGUGUGAUGGGACUCUCCACUGCCGUGUGCAUUUCCAAACUAGUCCCGCGAUGCUCCAUCACAGUCAUUUCAGAGCAGUUCACUCCCGAGACCACGAGUGAUGUGGCAGCCGGAAUGCUUAUUCCUCCUGUUUAUCCAGACACACCCAUUCACAAGCAGAAGCAGUGGUUUAAAGAGACUUUUGAUCACCUGUUUGCAAUUGCCAAUUCUGCAGAAGCUGAAGAUGCUGGUGUUCUCCUGGUGUCUGGUUGGCAGAUAUUUCGGAGCAUUCCUACUGAGGAAGUGCCAUUCUGGGCUGAUGUGGUGCUGGGAUUUCGAAAGAUGACUGAGGAUGAGCUGAAGAAAUUCCCCCAACAUGUGUUCGGUCAGGCUUUUACUACACUCAAAUGUGAAGGCCCUGUCUACCUCCCGUGGUUGGAGAAAAGGCUAAAAGGAAGUGGGGGUCUGAUACUCACCCGAAGAAUAGAAGACCUGUGGGAGCUUCACCCGUCCUUCGACAUUGUGGUCAACUGUUCAGGCCUUGGAAGCAGGCAGCUUGCAGGAGACCCAAAGAUUUUCCCAGUGAGGGGUCAAGUGCUCAAAGUGCAGGCUCCCUGGGUGAAGCAUUUUAUCCGAGAUGGGAGUGGGCUGACAUACAUUUACCCAGGUAUAUCCAAUGUAACCCUGGGUGGAACUAGGCAAAAAGGAGACUGGAAUCUGUCCCCAGAUGCAGAAAUUAGCAAAGGGAUUCUUUCCCGAUGCUGUGCCCUCGAGCCCUCUCUCCAUGGAGCCUGUGACAUAAGGGAGAAGGUGGGCUUGAGGCCCACCAGGCCAGGUGUGCGGCUGGAGAAAGAGCUCUUAGCCCAGGGCAGCUGGAGGCUGCCUGUGGUCCAUCACUACGGCCACGGUAGUGGGGGCAUAGCCAUGCACUGGGGCACUGCUCUGGAGGCCGCCAGGCUGGUGAGCGAGUGUGCCCAAGCCCUCAGGACCCCUGCUCCCAAAUCAAAGCUGUAGGCAUGAAGUGACAGCAAAUGGCCACAGAAACUAUUAAUCAAAAUAUAAUUUAAGUACCAGAAGAGAUUCAAAUAACUUUUCCAUUGAAUGAAAGUUUAAUUGGACAUGGCUUUGCUUUCAAAAUUAGAAAUGAUGCAAUAUGUAUCAGUAGACUUAAGAUUAGUACUAAUCUAACUUAGUACUAGACUUAAGUCUAGUACUAAUGACAUAGGGCAUAAAGCUCUAUUUUUGUUAAAAAAAACUUGCUAUAAAGUAAGAUUUCAUUUAGAUCUCGUGUCCAAGGAUCUAUGCCGAUUCACAUGGUUGCAGGGAUUUUUUUUGGCUCAUAAAUCCAGAGGAGGAGAUAAUGUAUGGAAAACACUUAACUCACUGUUGGUUGCAGAGCUGCCCAUGACGCUUAUAGGUUGCAGUCAAGUGAACACCAUAAUCCUUUAAAAUUACACAGUGAUAUACAAUUCAGGCUUAUUCCAUUUAGUGGAAGACAAAGCAUGAUUCCUGCUAGUGCUAGUGGCAACCUCUACUUCCUCUCAGCUGGUACUGAUGGUAGAACAUAGGGAUGAUGUUGCCUACAGAUGUGGCAUUAACUCAAUUGCGGUCUGGGGUCAAUCACCUGAGGGGUGUACUUUCCACUACCACAAAUGAUUGAGAGCUGGUUUGUUGGAUGGUUGACUUUGCCUGAGCAUUUUUGAAGAUUGAAUAGUAUGUGCAGCCAAAGGGCUAAUUUGCUAAUUAAAAUGGAACAAUCACUCUGAAUAAAAUAUAAACAAAGAGUUUUCUGCAAGUUGUUAAAAGGUACUGGGGAGGAGUGGAAAUGUAUCUCAUGAUAAAAUGAGUUUGGGAAUUGCUGAAUUAAUAAAUCUAAUCUGGAUUCUUGACUUGGUCUUUAA